AGCUUUUUUACCUGAGAUAGGCAGUGACAUUAAAAUCGUUUGAUACCUGCCACUCGGACAUGGUUCAUGAUGUCCAAAUGGAUUAUUAUGCCAGGCGUUUGGCAACUUGCUCAUCGGACCAUACGAUCAAAAUUUUCGAUGUAGCGAACGACACACAUUCCCUUGUAGCUCAAUUGGCGGGUCAUACUGGCCCAGUGUGGCAAGUAUCAUGGGCGCAUCCUCGAUUCGGAAAUAUUAUUGCAUCUUGCGGGUAUGAUCGUAAUGUCAUCAUAUGGAAGGAGCAAGAAAAUGUAAAAAAUUCUUGGGUUCAAAUUUACAAAUAUAGCAAUCAUCAAUAUUCUGUCAAUUCUAUUGCUUGGUCUCCUCAGGAGUAUGGCUUGUGUUUGGCUUGUGCAUCUUCCGAUGGGUGUGUGUCGGUCAUUCAGCUCAACGAUGACGAAACUUGGAAUGUAGAUAAAUUCGAGGCACAUAACUUUGGUGCUAAUUCUGUAUCUUGGGCACCUGCGUCUUCUUUUCUAAUGGGAUUCUCGACUCAGCCUCAAGUUCGCAGACUUGUGACGGGUGGGUGUGACUGCCUGGUGAAAAUUUGGGUCUCUGACCUCACUCAACUUGGCGCUUCACAACAAUCAGGCUCAAAUUGGGUUUUAGAGCACUCGCUGACAGGCCACAAAGAUUGGGUCAGAGACGUCCAAUGGGCCCCAAACGUGGGUACUUUAAACGAAACGAUUGCAUCGGGAUCUCAAGAUGGCACAGUCUACAUAUGGACUUCUGAUAACUCUAAUCAAGCAUCGCCUUCUACUUGGUCAAAACAAGCGCUGAAACCUGAACUUGGAGAAACCAUAUGGCGUCUAUCCUGGUCACUAACGGGAAAUAUCUUAGCCGUUUCUAGCGGGGAUGAUAAAGUGACCCUAUGGAAAGAAGCCAUAGACCGUAAAUGGACUUGCUUGACGUCUAUCAACGAAAAAAAAACUGAACAGCAAAGUAGCAACUAAACUUUAAUUCUCACCACGCAUAACCGAUAAAUUUGCUUAAAGUUUUGCAUUUUAUUAUCUCUCUCAACAAAUGGCGUCAAUACUAGCAACGAAUUUAUAUAGUACGGUAAAAUAUGUAUUUGUCUAUAUCCUUAUUUGAAGACCAAAAGAGACAUUCUAAUUCCGCGUGGAAUAAGCCGAUCCGUCGUUUCCUUUUCAUCAGAACGGUUCAACCGCUUAAGUUUUCGACAAAGAUAAAACAAAAUUUGAUGAUAAAAAAUAUUGUAUCAAAAACCGGAUCGACCCUUUCCAGCUCACAACAUCUGUUUGAACCUUUUCCAACCGCCUUGAAAAACCGCUAAUUAGAUGAAGUGCUCCCCUAUUUCAAGAGAAUGUAGAGCUUCGACUUUUCCAAAAACUUUGUUUCAAUUUUUGCGACGGACCGCAGGGCCCCUCCCUAUCUAGAAAAA